AAGAAAUCUUUCCAAUUGCUAACGUCGCGCGGUCGUGUUUUGUGUAUCGCUUGCGGUCCGCCGCUAUAGGUGUGUGUGUGCGCGCGGACAGUGGCUCGCUGUCGGAGUAAGAAGAAGCACAAGUUGCUCUCAAACGGUGGAUCAGCACGGGCCCGAGGAACUCCAGAAUGUCAAUCGCAACGUAUGAAGAGGUGCUGGAUUUACCCAAUCAUCCCGAGAAGCUGCUGAUCGAUGUGCGCAAUCCGGACGAGCUGGCCGAAACGGGUCAAAUACCAACGAGCAUCAACAUUCCACUGGAUCAAAUCGAGCAAGCGUUCGGUCCGGAAACGGGUUCCGAGCAGUUUGCCAAGCUGUAUGGUGUGCCGAAACCUGGCCCGGAUCACUAUCUGAUUGUAUCCUGCCGCACCGGGCGCCGUAGCCAGAUGGCAAUCGACGUGAUCGUUGAACUGGGCUACCGAAACGCCCGCAACUACAAGGGAUCUUGGACCGAGUGGGCCGCCAAGCAGGGAAAGUGAGCUGCCAUUCCCAUUACCUAUACCCGUUGCCCGUUGCAGCAUCAGUCAGCCAGCCACCCAGUGCACCGGAAGUGAUCAGGGGUAUUAUGCUUAGAAUGCCUUUUUGUGAGCAUACAUUCCGUUUGUGGGUAGAAAUAAGCAGAAAAUGCUGUGUUGCGUUUCGUUUGUUGCAGAUGACUAGCAAAGUGUUACUAAGCAUCCAUUGUUCUUGAAGACUUUGUGGAGUGGUGGAGAGUGGAGUGGCCUGGGCUGGUUUGUAAAUAAAUAAUCGCUCAAUCGCACAGAAAGCUAAAGCCGUGCAUUCAUUGGCGACCAGAACGUGGUGGUAUAAAUAGAGCUACUACUUCAAGUGACCGGUAUCAUUCUUCUAGCAAGAGGUGCACAAUACAGUCCGUUCCGUUUCCCGAUUCUAGAAGCAGAAGCAAGAUGGACAAAAACAACGCCCAAAAGAAGGCCGAGGCCAUUCAGGAGGCCGUGAAGCAACUGCCGAAGGACCAUUCCCAAGAGGAGAGAGAUAAUGCGGUCAAGGCCGCUAUCCAGAAUGCCAAACAGUAGAAGUGGUCAAGUGGCAAAUAAAAUGCACCCGUACCGGUCGUUCCCGGUACACGGGUUUGCUAAUUAGAAA